AUGCUUUCCGUCCGCUCCGCCCUCCGCCUCAAGGCCGUCCCCCGCCUCUCCCGCGCCGUCAGCGCCUGGGCCAACGUCCCCGCCGGACCCCCCGACGCCAUUCUCGGCAUCACCGAGAACUUCAAGGCCGACACCUCGCCCAAGAAGAUCAACCUCGGCGUCGGUGCUUACCGUGACAACAACGGCAAGCCCUACGUCCUCCCCUCGGUCCAGAAGGCUGAGGAGAUCCUCUUCAAGGAGAAGGCCGACAAGGAGUACCUCCCCAUCACCGGUCUCGCCUCGUUCGACAAGCUCGCUACCGAGCUUGCCUACGGCGAGAACUCUGCUCCCAUCAAGGAGAACCGCCUCGCCGUCUCCCAGUCGCUCUCCGGCACCGGUGCCCUCCGCAUUGGUAUGGAGUUCCUGAACGAGUUCUGGCCCAACAAGACCAUUUACGUCCCCACCCCCACCUGGGGCAACCACGGUGCCAUCGCCAAGCGCGCCGGCCUCAAGCUCGAGAAGUACCGCUACUUCGACCCCAAGACUGUCGGCCUCAACUUUGAGGCCGUCAAGGAGGACCUGAAGAACGCUCCCGAGGGCUCGAUCAUCCUCCUCCACGCCUGUGCCCACAACCCCACCGGUGUUGACCCUACCCAGGAGCAGUGGAAGGAGCUCUCCGACCUCGUCAAGGAGAAGAAGCACUUCCCCUUCUUCGACAUGGCCUACCAGGGCUUCGCCUCUGGUGACGUCGAGCGCGACGCCUUUGCUCCCCGCUACUUUGUCGAGCAGGGCCACCAGAUCCUCCUCUGCCAGUCGUUCGCCAAGAACCUCGGCCUCUACGGCGAGCGUGUCGGUACCGUCUCGGUCGUCACUGCCUCGCCUGAGGAGAAGGCUCGCGUCGACUCGCAGCUCAAGAUUCUCAUCCGCCCCAUGUACUCGAACCCCCCUGUUCACACCAUCCUCUCCAACCCCGAGCUCAAGGCCGAGUGGCUCGGUGAGGUCAAGGGCAUGGCCGACCGCAUCAUCGACAUGCGUGAGAAGCUCUACAACAAGCUCGUCGAGCUCAACACCCCCGGCGAGUGGGGCCACAUCAAGUCGCAGAUCGGCAUGUUCUCCUUCACCGGCCUGACGCCCGAGCAGGUCGACGCCCUCGCCCAGAAGGCCCACAUCUACCUCACCCGUGACGGCCGUAUUUCGAUGGCCGGCCUCAACGACUCGAACGUCGAGUACUUUGCCGAGUCGAUGAGCAAGGCCGUCAAGGGCGAGCUCUAA